ACGUUUUUUGAACUCCAAUUGGAGAUGCUUUAAGUUACUUCGGACUUGGGAGACAAAAAUCUAAAUAGCGUUAACAAAAAACUGAUCAGUUGGAGCCUCCACACACCCACGGCAGUAGCAACUAGCAAGCAACCAUGUAAAUACGGUUCAGUUCCAAGCAAGAGACACAGAGUAUGGAGGCUUUGAUAGCCUCUUAUGGAGACGAAUCCUCCGAAUCCGACUCCGAGCCCGCAACCCCAUGUCAGCCUCCACCAUCUUCUACUCCCCCGACACCGGAAUUUACUCCUCUUCCUCCACCUCCGGUUUCUCUCCUUAUUCCUCCUAAUUCAUUCGGGGGUCUGGAUUUUUCUCCUGGAGAACAAUCCGGCAGAGUUAGAACAUUCCCUCAUAUCGAAGGGAAUUACGCUUUACAUGUCUUUAUCCCAGUUUACAUACCAUCUACUCCAAAAAAGGAGCUAGCUUUGUUCUUGAAGAAACUGUCUCGUCUCGUGCCUGGUCUUUACGUUGUCGACGUUGAUAUCCCACUUGACAUUAUUACCAAAGAUGAUAAUAAGCUCGAACAAGUUGCUUUAGGGAGGGAAUUUCAUAUAAGCUUGGGUAGGACUGUUCCAAUCCGAGUUCACCAGAUUGACUCAGUUGUGACUAUGCUUCGUCAGAAGCUUCAGUUUCAAAGGAGGUAUUGGAUUGAUUUUAGUAAAUGGGAGGUUUUCCUCAAUGAUGAUCGUACUCGAACCUUUUUGUCAAUGGAAGUUACUACAACUGGAUUAGCUGAGAUAACAAAACAGAUUCAAGCUGUUAAUGAGGUUUAUAAGCUUCAUAAUCUACCUGAAUUUUAUAAGGAUCCACGUCCUCACAUAUCCGUUGCUUGGGCAUCUGGUGACAUCAACCAUUCCUUGAGGAGUGCUGUUCAAGAAGAACGAAGAGGCAUGGUUGGGGCCUCUUUGCAUAAAUGCAUUUUUACUAGUAAAUUCGGUGGUAUUGAGUGUAGAAUUGGUAAUAAGGAGUAUAAGAUAUGUAAAGUUUUAGAUAAGUGAAAAGAUUCGAUCCCCACAAUCACUUCCAUUACGUUUUUAUCUUAUUUUUAACAGUUAAAUAUUUGUUUUAAAAGACAACAAGCUUAGUCCCAUUGAAAAUCUUGUGGUUCUGUUCACAAUAAAUUUAUGUAGGGAAAAUCAUAUAUUUCCAAGUGAA